AUGGCUCCGUCGACUCCAAAGCUCUUCACGCCCGUGACUUUAGGCGGCAAGAACCCCAUCCAGCUCAAACACCGAGUGGCCAUGGCUCCUCUGACAAGACUUCGUACGGGAGCUGAAGGUGAACCCAAAUCCAUCGCCUCUGAGUCGUACCACCGACGGCGCGCCACCAGCAUGGAGGCGGUGACAAGCCACGCUGUCACUGCUGAGGGUCGUAAGGACCACGUGACACCGCGCGCUCUAGAAGCUGACGAGAUUCCUGGAAUUGUGGAGGACUACAAAACAGCGACGAAGAAUGCCCUCGCUGCAGGUUUUGACGGCGUGGAGCUGCACGCUGCUAACGGUUAUCUGCUGGAACAAUUCCUCUGCGACACGACCAACAAGCGUACCGACCAGUACGGUGGAUCGAUUGAGAACCGCGCGCGCUUUCUGUUGGAGGCGAUUGAAGGCAUCCUCUCUGUGGCAGAUUCGAGUAAGGUGGCGAUUCGCCUCUCACCAUAUGGCAUCACCUUUGCCUGUACGGAUUCGAAUCCGCUGGAAGCGUAUGGCUACGUGAUCCGUAAGUUGAAUGAGUUCGACCUAGCCUACCUUCACCUAGUUGAGCCUUAUGGUUGGCACUUCACGGGGCCGUUGGUCCCGGAAGGAGGCAUUUCACCGGUGUUUCGUCCAAUGUACAAGAGUGUGAUCAUUGCAGCUGGUGGCUUUAACCGUGAGACUGCCAUCAAGAACGUCGAGGAAGGCUACGACGACAUCAUUGCCUUCGGACGAGACUUCAUCGGCACACCUGACAUUGUGGAGCGUCUCAAGGCCGACAAGCCUCUGAGUAAAUUCGACACCAAAACAUUCUAUCCGCGAGCGUGGACCGACCCGUUGAAGGUGGGAUAUACCGAUUAUCCAUUGUGGCAGGAGGACUCCUAGGAGGACUGGAGGAGUAAG